AUGGCUAGAUUACAAUGGGGGGUUCACAAUGAACAAGAAGCUAUUAAGGCCUUCACCUUGAAGACAGGGAAAGCGGUUGAGGGAACUGGAAUCUGGUUUCAUUCCUCUGGUAUUCUUGGUGCUUCCCCUGAUAGGAUCGUUGACCAUGAAACUGUUCUUGAGGCCAAGUGCCCAUACAUUGAAAAAGACCUAACCAUAGAAGAGGCCGCACAAUCUUCAGCAACAUUUUGCCUUGAUAAAUCUGACAGUGGAGAGUAUGUAUUGAAGAAGGAGCAUGUUUACUGGCACCAGGUCCAAGGAGAAAUGUAUUUUUAUCGACAAAAAUUCUGUUAUUUUGUUGUGUGGACCACAGAGCAUGUAGCUGUUUUAAAAAUAGAAAGGGAUGAAACUUGGGCAGCUAACUUCUCACUUUUAACACAAUUUUAUUUUAAUAAUGUCUCCCCAAGUAGUUGCCACUGGGGGUUUUAUUAACAUUUUCAGCAGAAAGGCAACUGGUUUUCACAGGCAGGAAAAACUUUUUGAAUUGAACUUCUAAAUUCUAAGAUUACCUUUCCUCUAGAUUGUCAAACCAGGAGGUCAAAAUCGUCCUCGCAGCCCAGUACCCAGUCCUUUAAUGAAACCUCUGCCUAGCCCACUGCUACCAUCAGUUUUUCCUCAAAAACAUUCUUUGGGCAAGGCUGUGAUUCCAAUAAUAGUAGACACACUACCGUGAAACAAUUGAGGCAGGUGAAGAAUUGUAUAGUUCUGUCUAAUUUUCAUUAAAGUGAUAAAAAUCUGAACUUCAAAAUAAAUUGACUCCACUUUCCAGCCAGAAAAAUAAUUUAUGUCAUCUUUGAACCUAAGUGGAUGUUUUACAACAAUAUUAAAUACCUCUUUUGUUGCAAGGCCUGUCUCCAUUCUAACACCAUGCACAUCAUCACUAAGUUCUGCUACGCUGUAGCAUUUUGUUUUGUACGUACUUUGCUUUGGCUUCGAGUUCCUUGAGCUCCCUCUUAGCUAGCUCCAGUUCGGCUUCCUGGAAAAUCUCAUGUGUUGUUCCCGGAUUUAUUUCAUGACCUUCCACUUGGGAUGGCUGCUCUUUCCUUCUUGCAUUUUCUAUAACUUCCUGCAAUGACUGCUUCCCUGGUUCACUGCUUUUCCUUUUUGUCCUUUGGGGCGCAUCUCCUAGUUGCGGGAACAAUCUAUCCUGAUUUCUAGCAUAGAUCUCCGGCCAUUGAUUUUCUUGCCAUCUCGGAAAUGACAACUGCAAGCCCUUGAAUGCUCACUGGGCUCCCUAUCUUGCCUUCUGUCGGACAAAAAAUAUAUAUAUUAGGAAAACACGAUAAAGUACAUUGUAUAAG